CACGGUGGACCGGGCGGAUGGCGGAUGGCGAUGCGUCGAUAAAUUCAUAUCAGAGUUUUAUCACUCUUUGUUAUAACUAUUUUUCAUUUAUUGCCAAGUGUCGUAACAUGGAUUAUAAUUGUACUUGUAAGCAUUGCUUCUACAGCAAUGGCUGGCAACAUAAUUCCAGCGAUCGUUACCACCAAUGCUAUUAUCGCGGGCAUAGUGGUCCUCUAUGUCUUCCGAGUUCUUGAGAACAAUCUACGAGCCUGCAGAUCUGUCUAUUUACGCUUGAAGAUGAAUCACCGCAAUCAACUACUGGUUCCAGAAAAGUCAGUGAAUCCGCCUAAUCCACAGUGUUAUGUUUGCGCACCUGUCCCGCAGGCUACGCUGGCAGUUGACACUACUAGUAUGACUAUUAAAGAACUAGAGGAGCUGGUACUUAAGAAUAGACUCAACAUGAUCGCCCCUGAUGUAAUGAUCGAUGGAACUGGUGCAGUCGUCAUUAGCAGCGAGGAAGGCGAAAUGGAAGGCAAUAACAACAAAAAAUUGGAGGAGCUAGGAAUAAAAAAUGGAACGAUUUUCAAGGUCGACGACUUUCAGCAGAAUUAUUCGUUGACCGUUUUUAUUAUUUACCGGGAGAAACCUGAUCCAAAAGAUGAUAGUCCACAAUUUUUAAUAUUGGCAGAUAAGAACGCGUUUCAACCAAAGGAAAACGAAGAAGAGAAAACGGAGAAGUCUUCUUCCAGCUCUAACGGACAAAACGUGAUAGACACAUCGAAGGUAGCUAAGAAGCGCAAAAAUAAUACCGAAGCAGAAGUUGUAGCUAAGAAACGGUCUGGAUACUUGUACACCAAAAGAUUUCAGAUGAUUUUUGUCAAACAUCAAGGAAUUCUAGAAAAGCAAAGAAACAUCUUUUGAUGAACAACGUG